UGCGUAUUGCGAAGAGGAGAAGCGCUCGAGUUCCAGGAACCGGCGGCUGGCGAGCGUGGUUGUGUUUAGCCUUCAUGGUGCCGCCGGCCAUGGGCUGAGCUUGACGGGCUCCGUGAUUUCGGCAUGAGAGGCCGGGCAUAAGGCGGCCGCAGCGAGGACGUUGGAGGAGACCUUGCUCCGAGGAUGGAGAGAGCCAUGGAGCAGCUGAACCGUCUCACCAGGUCCCUGCGUCGUGCCCGCACUAUCGAGCUGCCGGAGGAUAGUGAAACUGCUGUUUACACGUUAAUGCCAAUGGUUAUGGCUGAUCAACACAGAUCUGUUUCAGAGUUGUUGUCAAAUUCAAAAUUUGAUGUCAAUUAUGCAUUUGGACGUGUGAAGAGGAGCUUGCUUCAUAUUGCAGCUAACUGUGGAUCAGUUGAAUGUCUAAUUCUGUUGCUAAAAAAAGGUGCAAACCCUAAUUACCAGGAUAUUUCUGGGUGUACUCCACUUCAUUUAGCUGCUCGGAAUGGCCAGAAAAAGUGUAUGAGCAAGCUAUUGGAGUAUAGUGCUGAUGUCAACAUUUGUAACAAUGAAGGUCUGACAGCAAUCCAUUGGCUUGCUGUUAAUGGACGGACAGAAUUGCUUCAUGAUCUUGUACAGCACGUUUCCAACGUAGACGUUGAAGAUGCAAUGGGGCAGACAGCCCUUCACGUUGCUUGUCAAAAUGGCCAUAAGACGACCGUUCAGUGUCUUUUAGAUAGCGGUGCAGAUAUUAACAGGCCCAAUGUUUCGGGAGCAACUUCUCUGUACUUUGCUUGCAGCCAUGGUCAAAGAGACACUGCACAGAUUCUUCUGAUGAGAGGAGCCAAAUACUUGCCAGAUAAAAAUGGAGUCACCCCACUUGAUCUUUGUGUACAGGGUGGUUAUGGAGAGACCUGUGAAGUUUUAAUACAACAUCAUCCUAGACUUUUUCAAACAAUUAUUCAAAUGACACAAAAUGAAGAUCUUAGAGAAAACAUGUUACGCCAAGUCCUAGAACACUUAUCUCAGCAGAAUGAAAACCAGUACCUUAAAAUCUUAACAAGUCUUGCUGAAGUAGCUACUACGAAUGGCCAUAAAUUGCUUAGCUUGUCAAGUAAUUAUGAAGCACAAAUGAAGAGUCUGUUGAGGAUAGUGAGGAUUUUUUGCCAUGUCUUUCGUCUUGGCCCAUCCACUCCCAAUAAUGGAAAUGAUAUGGGCUACAAUGGAAAUAAAACUCCAAGAAGUCAAGUGUUCAAGCCUUUGGAAUUACUCUGGCAUUCAUUAGAUGAAUGGCUAGCCCUAAUAUCUGCAGAAUUAAUGAAGGAUAAAACCAACAUCUCUUCUAUCCUGCUGAAGCCAAAGGGACCCGAUCAGCAAGAAGAUAGCAUUCCUACACCCACCUUUGAAGUUGCUUCAACGGAAACAAGUACACUUUCUGCAGAAAAAGAGGAAUCUAAAAUGUAUGAAGUUGGCAGUGCCCAGGAAGCUUACGUGGACUGCCAAGAUGUUAUUUCUGUGACAGCAAACCGGCUGAGUGCUGUCAUUCAAGCAUUUUAUAUGUGUUGCUCUUGUCAGAUGCCUCAGGGAAUGACAUCUCCUCGCUUCAUAGAAUUUGUCUGCAGACAUGACAAUGUUCUUAAAUGCUUUGUAAACCGAAAUCCUGAAAUUAUAUUUGAUCACUUCCAUUUCCUUCUUGAGUGUCCUGAACUUAUGUCCAGAUUUAUGCAUAUUAUAAAAGCACAGCCAUUUAAAGAUCGCUGUGAAUGGUUUUAUGAACACUUGCAUUCUGGACAACCGGAUUCUGACAUGGUUCAUAGGCCUGUCAGUGAAAGUGAUAUUCUGCUGGUUCAUAGAGAUUCUAUUUUUAGGAGCAGCUGUGAAGUUGUAUCUAAAGCAAAUUGUGUAAAGUUGAAGCAAGGAAUUGCUGUACGUUUCCAUGGUGAAGAAGGCAUGGGUCAAGGUGUGGUACGUGAGUGGUUUGAUAUCCUUUCCAAUGAGAUUGUUAACCCAGAUUAUGCCCUUUUUACUCAAUCAGCUGAUGGAACCACUUUCCAGCCCAAUAGCAACUCUUCUGUGAAUCCUGAUCACUUGAACUAUUUUAGAUUUGCUGGACAAAUCUUGGGUUUAGCUCUUAAUCACAGACAACUAGUCAACAUUUACUUCACAAGAUCAUUUUACAAGCAUAUUCUUGGUAUUCCUGUAAACUAUCAGGAUGUGGCAUCUAUUGAUCCAGAAUAUGCAAAGAACUUGCAGUGGAUUCUAGACAAUGAUAUCAGUGACUUGGGGUUAGAACUGACCUUCUCUGUGGAAACGGAUGUAUUUGGAGCAAUGGAAGAAGUGCCUUUGAAGCUGGGUGGUGCAAGCACAAUUGUCACACAGGAGAACAAAGCUGAAUAUGUUCAACUUGUUACUGAGCUUCGAAUGACGAGAGCCAUUCAGCCUCAGAUAAAUGCUUUUCUGCAAGGCUUCCAUAUGUUCAUUCCUCCUUCUUUGGUUCAACUCUUUGAUGAAUAUGAAUUGGAAUUGUUGCUUUCAGGCAUGCCAGAAAUUGAUGUGAAUGACUGGAUUAAAAAUACAGAAUAUACAAGUGGCUAUGAAAGAGAUGACCCAGUUGUUCAGUGGUUUUGGGACAUUGUAGAAGAAUUGACUCAAGAAGAAAGGGUGCUACUAUUGCAGUUUGUCACUGGCAGUUCUAGAGUACCCCAUGGUGGCUUUGCCCAUAUAAUGGGUGGGAGUGGAUUGCAAAAUUUCACGAUUGCUGCUGUGCCAUAUACACCAAAUCUGCUACCCACAUCAAGUACAUGUAUCAAUAUGCUGAAGUUGCCUGAAUAUCCCAAGAAAGAAAUCCUUAAGGACAGACUUCUUGUGGCUUUGCAUUGUGGAAGCUAUGGGUAUACAAUGGCAUAAUGAAGCGGGACAACGACUCUGAUUGCUGAUGCGCAAUUCCUCGUGGCAAAAAUAAUUUAGCAACCUGUCAACAGGAGGGAGAUGGUGGCACUUAGGAAGAAGUCUUGGUUUGCAGUCCAUAGAUAGCAUCGGUUUUUUACAAGUUGCAAAAGAUACAGGGUGCCCCCUUCCUGUAUGCCGUUAAGCAUUUUUACACAUUGUUCUGAGACUCAGUUUUUAAAUGGUAUUUCUCCAUUAAGCACGGCAUAUAUCCCAGUUCAUUCCUCUAAUCUGUGUUUUUAUAUUGGAACACCCUGAAGCUGUUCUAGUUGUAACAGAUGUGAUAUGUAUUUGCCUUUGCCAUUAGUAAGGGUUGAGCACUGUAACACUAGCUGACCAUGUUAUAUAUGUAGACAGAGAGAUGUUAUUCUGCUCCAGGAUUAGUGUGAGAUCUGAGAAUUGCUGUCUUCAACUUCCAAGGGCUUGUUCAUUGCUGUAAGAUGACAUAAAUACUGAGCAUGUUAGAAAUAUUGUAUACUUCGGGCCAUGUAUUUUCUUGCACGCAAAAAAGUGACAUUUAUUUAUUUAUUUUUCUUCAGGGGACAUUGAACAAAAUUAGAGAGCAAAAUAGCAAAUGUGAUUUAUUUUUCCUGCUCAGUUUAAAUACUUUUUUAAAAAAAAUUUUCUAGUUAUUUAAUAUCUAAACAUUUAAAAGG